AUGACAACGACGGCCACCUCGAACAUAAGAGGCGGUCCCUCUACCCGCCGUGUCAACCCCGGCCGCCAUUCCAAAGCCCUCGGUUCCUCGUUGCGACACAAUUCCCUCGUCUCCGGCGGGGGUCUGCUCCCGUCCUCCUCCUCCGUCCUCGCAGCCAGCAACACGGGCCCAGGCUUUAUCGGCAGCGAGGCUCCCGAGAUAUAUCCUGCCAUCACACACUUUGCCGAUGCAAUUUCUGCCCUGCCACGGGAAUUUCGCAGACACCACUCACUCCUUAAAGAGGUGGACGCAAAGGCGUGGGCUCAUGAAGAGUCGCUACAAACCGUCCUCCAGCAUUGUGUGGCAGAUACCCGAGCACAUUCCUACGAGGUUGCACUUGCUGGGCACGAGCAGAAUGGCUUGACUACUGGCGAUGAUCUUGCGAGCGUAAGCGAGAUUCAUAGUGUCGCCGGCGGCUCUACAGAUGCUGCUUCGCUGGUCUCGGCUCGCACUGCGGAUUCGACUUCUCUGCAACGCAGACACCUCUAUCAUUCUCUGCGGCAAAACCUAAUAGCCAUCAUGCAGACAAUGGACGAGAAGAAUCACGUCAUCACCAACGCGAAUGAAGAGGUGACGAAGCAAAUUCGGCGGCUGGACACUAUUUGGCCACAUAUUUCUCAGGAAAUCUCAGAGGAGGCAAGACUUGGAAGUCUGACGCAUUGGGCAUACACCGAGACAAACUCAGUGGCGGCGAAAAAACCCGCCGAGCCCGUACCUCGAGGUCGAGCGGGCGAAAGUGAAGUAGCAGGCAGAAGCCAGUCCCGAAGAGAUGAUGUGCAAGCAAAAAGACAAAGAGGUGUACUGAAUGUGGACUCAGACUUUGACGAGUCGCGGCCUGCGCAACGAAAGGUUCACGGCAGCAAGAAGCGCACUGUCGAGACCGCUGCAGAGGUACCACCAGCACUGGGAGCGUCAAGUGUCACCGCGACCAAGAGAAGGAAGCCAGACAAACCAACAGGUGGCGCGCCUAUGGAGCGAUCCAUCAGCAGCGCUAUGAGUAGCCGUGCACCGGCCAUGUCACGAGAGAACUCGCAGCAGGAUAACAUGAAGAAGAGGAAGGCAUCACAACCGACCAGUGUGGCGCGAAAGAGACUCAACGCUCAGGGCAACGAUUCUCCCAAACUUGUUUCCUCACCUCUUGCUGGCACCACCGUCAAAGAAGCAGCAUACAAGCGCAGCCCCGCCCUAUCUGCGGCUCGUCCAGCGGGACGGGGACGACAGAACUCAGCACAGAGCUUCGACGCCCCAAGAGGGCGACAGUCAUCGGUAGCUUCGAGCAAGAAUGGCAAUCAGAAUGUCACCGUGAACACAUCUGAGCUGAACAAGGUUGCUGCGCUGACAGGCAAGACUGCAGACGAGGGCAAGAGCAGUUUCAAAGAGACAAAGACAGACGAUGGUGAUCGGUUGCUUAAAGAUGAACCAGUGGCCAAUGGAACCAGCAGCGAGGAGACAUCAUUGCGCGGUGCCUUGUUGAUAGAGCGCUCGGCUAGCAGACAGGAGGCCAGGUCCGACCUGGAGGACGUCUCAGUAUCAGCCAAGGCCUCACCACGCCUUACACCGGCCCUGCGUUUGGACGAGGUCAAGCAUGAGCGCGUUGGGAGAGGUCGUGCGUCUAAAACCUCUACACCGGUCGCGAGCACCUUCGCCGACGCAGAGGAGUCGGAGAGUGCCUCCGCAAAUGGUGGCAAGUCUGAUACGGGGUCGAAAUCGCGACGUCCUGCCCGGCCAAGGGUGAAGGAUCAUGGCCUGCAUGAUUCUUUGUCGCCCAAAGGCUUGCCAAUGAAGCGCUUCCACAAGAAGAAUGGCAGUCUCUCGGUGUAUGCCAGUGGUCCUGGGUCAGCAACAGGCAGGACCAAAGACGAGAAUGGAACGCCCCUCUCAGCAACACCCUCAGUCUCAGACAAGGACAGAGAUGUCGACAAGGGCGGAGAGAGCCUUGGUCUUGGUCUCGGACUUGGUGUGGAGAACGAGGAUGACGAUGCGGCUGACGGCGAUGGCGAGCACGAGGAUGAAGAACGCUACUGCUAUUGUCAAGGAGUGAGUUAUGGUGAAAUGGUGGCAUGCGACAAGGCAGACUGCCCCCGACAGUGGUUCCAUCUCGAGUGCAUCGGACUCAAGAGCGUGCCGAAGAGUGCGAAAUGGUAUUGUGACGAAUGCAAAGAAGUUUUAGCAAAAAAAGGCAAGCUCACCAACGGAGGGGGAAGCGGCAAUGGCGCCACCAGUACGAGUGCCAGCAAUGGUGCUGGAAAUGAGUUGGCUGUCUAG